GCGCCCUCAGCCAUCCGGCGCUUGAACCGGAGAGCGGCCGUUGCCUCCGCGAGCCCCCAUGGCGAUGGCCGGCUCGAUGCUUUCCCCGGAGGCGGAGGCGGAGGAAGAAGCCGACGAGGAGCUCCUGCAGCUGGAGACAGAACCGCCGGCCGUGGCGGUUUCCGGACGGGUGGCGCCGACGGCUCCUGGCGGCGCCGUUCGCCUCCUCGCCGGCCGGGAGCUGUUCGAGGCGGCCUGUGAGGAGCAGGAAAGCGACGGCGAAGAGUCAGAGCCGCUCCUGGGCUCGGCGGCCGCGGGCUGGGGCCACCGGGCCCGGGACGGAACAGGAAAUGUGGGAAGCAUUGCAGAGAUGAACUUCUGUAUGGACGAUCCUGAAUUUGCUGAAGUCAUGCAGCGAGCGGAACAAGCCAUCGAAAGCGAAGUCUUUCCCGAAAGAAUCUCCCAAGGGUCCAGCGGAAGCUACUUUGUCAAAGACUCCAAGAGGAAAAGUAUUGGAGUGUUUAAACCCAAGUCUGAAGAGCCUUAUGGUCAUCUAAAUCCAAAAUGGACCAAAUAUUUUCACAAAAUCUGUUGCCCUUGCUGUUUUGGCAGAGGCUGCCUUGUUCCUAAUCAGGGGUAUCUCUCCGAAGCUGGUGCCUAUCUUGUGGACAGUAAACUAGGAUUAGGAGUGGUCCCCAAAACGAAGGUCGUCUGGUUUGUAAGCGAGACGUUCAACUACAGUGCCAUCGACCGUGCCAAGUCAAGAGGGAAGAAAUACGCUUUGGAAAAAGUGCCAAAAGUUGGCAAAAAGUUUCACCGAAUUGGACUACCUCCUAAGGUUGGCUCCUUCCAGCUUUUCGUGGAAGGUUACAAAGAAGCUGACUAUUGGCUCAGGAAAUUUGAAACUGACCCUUUGCCCGAGAACACAAGGAAACAGUUUCAGUCACAGUUUGAGAAACUGGUUGUGCUUGAUUAUGUUAUCAGAAAUACUGAUAGAGGCAACGAUAAUUGGUUAGUCAAGUAUGAAAAACAGAGCGAUGGGCCUGAUCUUUCUGAUAAGGAGAUCCAAUGGAUUAAUGAAAAGGAACCUAUUAUUAAAAUUGCAGCAAUUGAUAAUGGCCUUGCUUUUCCUUUCAAGCAUCCUGACGAGUGGAGAGCAUAUCCAUUCCACUGGGCUUGGCUUCCACAAGCAAAGGUCCCCUUUUCUCAAGAGACAGUAGAUUUGAUACUUCCUCGUAUUUCUGACAUGAAUUUUGUACAGGACCUCUGUGAAGACCUUUAUGAACUUUUUAAGACUGACAAAGGGUUUGACAAGGCUACCUUUGAGAACCAAAUGUCUGUAAUGAGAGGACAGAUACUGAACCUUACUCAGGCCUUAAAGGAUGAAAGAAGCCCUCUUCAGCUGGUCCAGAUGCCUCGGGUGAUCGUGGAGAGAAGCCACGGUGGAACUCAAGGAAGGAUUGUUCACUUGAGCAAUGCAUUUACUCAGACUUUUCACAGCCGGAAGCCUUUUUUCUCCUCCUGGUAAAAAGACCAAGUAAAAAGACCUUUAGUUUAAGCAAGAUGUUCUACUACGUAAAGAUUUCCGAAUAAUUUUUUCUUUGCUCCCCUCCCUCCCAAUGCUGGACUGCCAAAACCUCAGAAAUUUUAUAUAUAUAUAUUGAAUGUACUCAGUUUACAGUUUAUUUAAAAUUGUGAAAUUUUACAUCAGGGAAACGAGGAGCCUAAACUGUAUUUUUAUAGACGGUUCGAUGUUUUUGUGUAUUUGGUUUUCUUUGGGGGGGUGGGGGGGAAUAAAAGUUUACAGAUGCCAAAGACAACUUUUGACUCAGUUGGAGGGGGGAGGGGAGAAAUUGUUGCCUACAAUAUCCAGAAAUUAUCAUUUAAUUUUUUAUAGAUAGGAUUGAAAUGCCUGGCCUUUUACUUCACCACAUAGUUGUCUCCCUGUCAUCUUAAUCUAAUCUACAGGACCAAUCUGCAUUUGGAAAAUAAAGGGCUUUGAAGGUAGGUUAAAUUCAUGUUGGUAGUCCAGAGGAAACAUGCUGCAAUUAUGUCAUAGCUCUCAUACCUUAUUUGCACUGAAGGCAAGCAGUUCUAAGUGCAACUUAGCAUCUGCUUCACUGUGUAUUGUUUGAUUUGGGAAAGGAAUGGAUUUGGGAAAGGAAUGGUCAGUGCUUCUUCGCCACGGUUGCGUGCAUAAUUUAUUGCACAGCCUAUCUCUGCAUUUUUAGCUACUAGCUCCAUCUGUAUUUUAAAAAAAUUCUAUUUACAAAUGUGUGGCUUUUUGGGGGUGGGGAGAUACACGAUUUUAGGAACACGGUUUUCCAGGUUUUCAUGCCUUUUCAGUUUUUUUGUUUUCGGUGUAAAAAGAAAAAUAAUCAAGCCAGUUAACAGAUGACUUCAUUAAUGUUUAAAGAUACCCUUUUUCAAAGUCACCUUUAACAUUGUUUUACUUUAGUACCAAGAAGUAACACAUUCCAAAAAUUGUUGGUUUUCUGGACCAAGAACUGGAUGAGGGAAAACACUACAAAAAAAGGAACAUAGUUUUAUUUUUUAUUUUAAUUUUCCUGAGAAUAUACGUAUUGAUAAAUGCAUGCUUCAGUCUGGUGAUUCUUUUUUUGUCAGAAUGAGGAAUUGAGGAAAUACUGUAUUUUGUUAGAACAAUAUUUCUGCUGCAACUUUGGGGUUGGGGUUUUGAAACUUUUACCAAAGCCAGUUAAAUUCACUAACUUGAAACCAAAGUUUACUUGUACGUUAGUGCCUCUCUUCCUUAACAUCAAUAUCUUGGUAAAAAAACUUGCAAAUCAGAAAAAAAAAAUCCAUUUUCGAUCAUUUUGUUGUCAGGUAAUUCCACAACAACUCUAAACUUUGUAUUUGGCUUUAGCUGAUCAUCACUUGCAAGAAUGAUAAUCGGAAUAACUUUAAACUUACCAAGAAUUUAGUAAAACUUGUUUUAAGCAUCAGGUUUUGAAGCUCAAAACAUCUGUGUGAAAAAUGGGGGUUUUUUCCCAUUAAAAAUCGUGCCUAGCUUCCUGGGAAAUGCUGUAUCUUUAACUGCAGAGCAAUACCCCACACAUUCUUGCAUUGCUGUUUCUUUUAACGUUUGUUUAAACCAAUGUAGCCUGUUGGGAUAAUCUACUUGAUAUUCUAAGAUGCAUAAGCCUUAAUAUUGAAAAUAGACUGUAUUGCGGGUUGAUAAAUUUAUUCCGAUUUCAGUUUGUGUCCAUUCCUCCAAAUUAUUUAUUGCUCAGAUGUGCUGCUGCAGAUCUGCCACAAUUGUCCAGUUAAAUUUAAUCUAUUUUUUUUGGAGAGAAACAUCUGGAACAGAGAAUCCUUUCCUUCCUAAAAUGAGGUUCAUUUUACUCGUUUAUGGUAUUUGUCAUGCUGCUAUCUUCCAUGUUCUUAGCACUCCAUAUAACAAGACAACACUUUUAGCCAGCCUGAUCGUUUUAUCAUUAAAGUGAAUUGUUUCAAUUAA